GGAUGAGCAAAACCUGUCCUGUGCAGACAGACAUACAGCCCGUGCAUCUGCCUCACCCUUCCUUUCCUCUGCUUCCCUCCAUGGCUGAUCUCCCCGUGCUCAUCGCUGGUGCAGGCAUCAGCGGCCUCCUGCUGGCUCAGUAUCUUCAACGACAUCAAAUCCCAUAUCUGCUUUUCGAACAAGAUGGCUCGAUCGAUGCGCGGAGUGGUGGCUGGGGGCUGACCCUCCACUGGGGUCUCCCGGCGCUGCGCGAACUCCUCCCUGACUACCUCGUGGCCCGUCUGCCGGAGACGUAUGUGAACAAAGCUGCUGCCAUACGAGGGGACACGGGGCGCUUCCAGUUCUUUGAUCUUCGCACGGGAUCGGCCUUGUACAGCGUCCCCGCCGCCGAACGGAUCCGCGUCAGCCGCGUGCGACUGAGGCAGCUGCUGGCCACCGAUCUCGGUCUCCAGUGGAACAAAUCUCUCACGAGCAUCGAUUCCACGACCGAAAGCGUCACCGCACAUUUCCAAGAUGGGACCUCGUACACGGGUUGCCUGCUGGUCGGGUGCGAUGGAUCGCGCUCCCGCACACGUGAGAUCGUGUACCCUGAGGGCCACGAGAUGAACCCCCUGCCCGUGCAGCUGCUGGGUGGAGCUGCCCUCUAUUCGGCGGAGCAGAUGGGCGGAGCGGAGACCAUCGACCCCUUUAUCUUCCAGGGCUCGCAUCCAGAUACAAACAUCUUCUUCUUUUUCAGCUUGCUCGAUACACCCAAUAAUUUCGACGAGAGCGACAAAGACAAAUACCUCUGCCAGAUCAUCGUAUCUUGGUCCGAUGAGAAGGGAAUCCCCGUUCCCAGUGACAAUGCCGAGAGACUCGCAUUGAUGAAGUCCUUGACCGCGAACUGGGUCGAGCCCUUCAGAGGCCUGGUUCAUCACUUGCCCGAGAGCACCGAAGUGCGAUCCAUCCGCAUUGCCGACUGGCUGUUCCGAUCAGGGCAAGGCACUGCCCAUCCACGGGUGGUGCUAAUGGGCGACUCGGCUCAUACGAUGACGAUGUUCCGCGGAGAGGGGGCCAACAAUGCCAUUGUCGAUGUCCUGGAUUUGACGAAGCGAGUGGACUUGCGAUCCCUGGGGUCUCUCGGCAUAGACGAGCUUCGCAAGUCUCUAACGGCGUACGAGAACGAUGUGCUUGCCCGAGCAGGGCCAAGUGUGGUCAAUUCCCGCCAAGCGUGUCUCGAUGCCCAUGACUUCUCCCGCAUUGUGGAUGGCAGCCCCUUGGUUUCGGCUCGCUUGCGCGAGGAAUAGUCGGAUACCCCUGGAUAGGCAUUCUAAGAUUACCCACAUAUUCUGCAAGGUUAUGAUACCAGCACUGGUGGGGCCGAUGUUUGCACCUCAGUACAGCCGGGGUAAUUUGAGCGAACAUGCCUGUUCGUCAAGACAUAUGUGUUCGCUCUCCUGCUUUCAAGAGAUCGGGCUUAUUGUUGAUGCUAUUAAUCUAGCUUCAUCGUUGGAAUCAGUAGCCAACCGUUCAAAACUUAGGUUCAAGUAUUAGUAGUAUUGAUAUUCGUGAUAACUUGAUUAAAGGGUCUUCUCCCUGGAUUAUCCGCACGGAAGCAAUAGACUCAAUUGAAGCUCCAGCCAAAGUCGA